AUGUCCUGCCUCUGGAUGUUGGCGGCUGUUCUGCUCUCCCAGUACCUAGUCUCCUCCAUUUCUCUGGCCUUCACUGCCCGCGAAUCAAUCUCACGGCAACUAUGCAUAUUUUUCCUCCACGUCUUGGCAGUUCUUGAAAUUCACUGCUUGUCCUUUUUGCCGGGAUCAGAAUUACUGCGAGGAGUCUUUGCAUUCUUCUGCAUCGUCAAACUUCUCCAUUUCAUCAGCCUCUUCCUUGUCCUCCAGGUGGAAAUCCACCAAUUAGUCCAAACAGCAUCCAGCUCCUUCUUCACUCGCCUUUGUGCGGGCCUGAACUGCGUGAGUAGUACUCGUGGAAUUGGGACGCCGUGGGAGGUGAAAACCUGGCCACGUCGCCGAGAACCUCCCAAGGGCCAAUAUAUCGCAAAAGCCAUAGUUGUUCUGAGUUGGCAGUAUUUGGCACUUGACCUCCUGAAUUUCGGAGCAUUGAAGUACUUUCACCGCAAUUGGCCCAACACCUUAGCGGCAGGGGCGGAGUUUCUUAGCCCUGGAUCAACGAAGGAGCAGUUGAUGGCCCGGAUUCCGCUCUCCUGUAUUUUAGUGGCCAACCUGCGCUUGCUGUUUGCUAUGAUCUACGGACUUCUUGCCACGAUUUCUGUUCUGUUGAAUCUUAACUCUCCCAAAGACUGGCCACCGCUAUUUGGUAGCAUGCGACAUCUCCGAACGUUCAGCAUCCGAAGAUUCUGGGGGUAA